AUGUAUUCAUUAAUUCGAAAUCAUGUGGCACGAGUGUUACAACAAGAUCUAACCGCUGUCAUCAGUCCAUUAUCUCGUUCAAUUACAGCAAAUAUUCCUCAAAGGAAAACGAAUGACGAUCGAACUGCGUCUAAUUCACAACAGUCACCAAAGAUAGAGAAAACAUCGGAGAGUAAAGUUCCAUGGAAAGCCAAUGUGAUUGAAAUGCCAGUGGCGAUGGGUCCCCAAUAUAUUACUGAUAAUUAUCGUGAACAUCGUGAAGGCGGCUUUUACUAUGAUCAUCGAAUAAUCAUACCUGAAAUGCCUGAACAAUAUACAGUAAAACCAUUUCAAACACGAAAAACAGGUGGAAACCAUCCAGACACUGGUCGAAAAGAAUAUCGUCGAGUGGGUGGUGGUUUGAAAAAGACUUGGCUGUGGAUUGACUGGAUGCGACAAGGGCCUACGGAGGGACCACCCUUAGUCGAACGUGUAAUUCGUAUAAUGAAUAGUGAUUGUCAUACCGCGAAAGUUGCUUUAAUUGGCCAUGGAAAUACACUUCGAUAUAUCCUAGCAACCGAAAAUCUUAAAGUCGGCGAUCUUGUUAAAACAUCUGGAGAAAUACCAAAAAAUCCCGUAAAAGCAAGUGAAGGUGACGCCUAUCCAGUCGGUGCAUUACCUGUCGGUACGAUCGUCAAUUGCGUCGAAGGUUAUCCAGGACAAGGUGCCAAAUAUGCCGUCAAUGCUGGUACAUUCGCAACACUGAUGAAACGUGUAGAUAAUCGAUGUAUCUUACAACUACCAACAAAACAUGAAAUAUCUAUACUUGAACAAUGUAUGGUCACAGUUGGUCGAUUAUCCAAUGUUGAACAUAAUGAAUUCAUAUACGGUAAAGCUGGUGCUACACGUUUAAUGGGUAUCCGGCCAAAACUUGGUUUAUUUCAUCCGAAAACAGCUCGAUUUGGACGAAGACCGUUUCGACCAAAACCUAUACUUGUCAUCACGGGGGAAAAACCAGACUAUCCAAAUGUGAUCCGAUUAGAACAUCCUUCACUUGACCCUUAUAGAUAA